AUAAUCUGUCGAACUUUUAAAAAUGUAAAACGCGGUGGUUAAUGUAGUAUGUUCACUAACGUGGUUAUAUUUAUUCGUAAGCCUCCAAAAUUUGUCGGCAACUGUCAAUAAUAUCUGGGCCACCAGAUCAGAUUUUUGUUUCUUUCACAAUAUCCAACUGAAACAAAAUUAAGAGAGGCGUAAGUGCCAAUCUCCAUCAUGGCAGCAGCAUCAGUAGAAUCACUUCCUCUUCUUGAGUCCUUUGUUACGAGCUGUGUUAUAUGGAUUUAAAUCUCGAAAAGCUAAACUACCGAUGGGAGAUUUUAUUGCUUCCUUAACAGAGCUCAGAGUUGUGGUAUGAAAAAAAAAUACCAGUUAAGAAGUAAAUCAUUCAAACUUAUAUAAACCAUUCAUGUUAACAUUGACAAAAUCAAUUAUUUGAAAAUUAUUGCAAAAUCCGGUUGAACAUGGAUGCACAACGACUUCAUCAAGAUUAAGAAACACCAGCUUUUGUAUUCAAAAGCUCUCUUUCAGAAUGAUGAGGAUGGUGAAGAUGAGCGUGAUACUGAUGACAGUUGCACAGACAACUCUAAUGUUGAAAAGUCGGGCACUACGCUGCAGAGACGUGAACGUCAUGGAGGAGGGACUAUAGGUCUGCCCGACACCUUUCAGACAAGCCACCUGCUCUUCUAUGAGAGGUUUAAGGCAUAUCAAGACUACAUGCUUGGAGACUGUAAACCCUCUGAGGUAAAGGUCUUCACAGCAGACUACCUAGAGAAGGUUGUGGAACCAUGUGAUUGGUUGGCUUUGUGGUCAACUGAUGUCUUCGAUGUUCUUUUGGAGGUGCAUGAUGUGGUCCUGAAGGAUCUGAAGGCAUGUGUUAAGCUGGUGCUGCCUAUGCAGUGUGACACCAGAGGAUGUGAACUCAGCGAAGAAGCCAUGAAUUCUCUACUAGAGGCAACCCAGCACAAAAUCCCACUGCAGGAGCUGCAUGUCGUCUACGAAGAGUCAGGGGACUUUGAUCAGACUGCCCUUGCUAUGGAGCAUCUCAGGUUUUUCUAUAACCACAUCUGGAGGCAGUGGGAUGAGGAAGAUGAAGAUGAUGACUUUGACUACUUUGUUCGUUGUGUGGAGCCCCGUCUCAGGCUGUACUACGAUAUCUUAGAGGAUAGAGUCCCAGCAGGCCUGGUGGCAGAAUACCAGUCCUUAUUGGAGAAAUGCUCCCAGUGCUUCCAGCAGUUCUCUGUUCUGCGCAGUGUCCUUAGCCCCGACUCGGACUCUGAGCUUGACAGUGUGUCAAUGGUGGAGGGUCUGAAGCUCUACGACGAACUUGAGAAGUUCAAACGUAAACUGCACAUAAUUGAGAACCCUUUGUUGAGGUACGUGUUGGGCUAUAAAGGUAAUCCGAGGCAGCAUUGUGUGCAGAGUCGCGGACCCAGAGCCUCCGGUGUAAAGGUGAUCCAUGUUGUCACAGCCUCCUGCAGCAGCGUCCAGCUUCAGUCCCUCCUCACUGCCAGACUACUGCCCCUGUGCUCCUGUGGGGACACUGAGAUCCAGUUCCACAGAGAGCCAGGAUCAGCGCUGGACUCAUGUCAUCAGGGUGAUGUGGUCAUUGUUCUCCCAGGGAUCUACUAUGUCAAUAAAUCCAUGUUCAUACCAGACUCCAUAACUGUAGAAGGCUUUGGUUUUCCUGACGAUGUGGUGAUUGAGAAGAAAAACAAAGGCGACUCAUUUGUCGAAACCUCAGGAGCGGAUGUCAGACUGUCCAACAUUAAGUUUAUCCAACAUGACGCUAUCGAGGGCAUUCUUUGUGUCCGACAGGGAUCUCUGAACAUGGAAAACUGUGUGCUGCAGUGUGAGACUACUGGAGUGACUGUCCGAACAUCAGCCCAUCUAAACAUGAACAUGUGUGACCUGUAUGGAUCCAAGGGGGCUGGUGUGGAGAUUUACCCUGGCAGUGUUUGCAAUCUGAUUAGUAAUGGCAUCCAUCACUGUAAAGACGGAAUCCUCAUAAAGGAUUUUGCUGAUGAGCUUGAUGUGAUGCCAACCAUCACCAUGGAGAACAAUGUAAUCCACAACAAUGAAGGCUAUGGAGUUAUUGUCGUGAAGCCCAACACAGGGGUUCAACAAAGCAUUCCUCGGAGAAGAAAUGAAGACGACCAUGUAAAAGACGCUGCUGGAGAGACAGCUGAAGAUGGACAGCAGACAGGAGUUUCAGAUUCUCUACUUGCCUCAAUAUCCUUAGCAAGCCCAAACUCCAGCAGUUCAGCAGCUCAGCCCAAGUCUAAAGAGAACAACAGCACAGAUGGUAACGUAGCCUCCUUCUCAGGCAGGAGGUGGCAAUUUGGUUGUCAGCUGAGCAAAAACAAGGAGACUUGCAGUCGAGCAGUCCAGGAUUUGAUGGACCACCAGAUUUUCAUGUCCAUUCAAGGAAACCAGUUUAGACGGAACGGCAUGGGAGAUUUUGGUACCUUUUUUUACUGACAAAUAUUUUUGGCAACAUGUUUUUCUCAUCCUUAGCAAUAAUUUGACUUCAUAUUUAUCUUAAUUCCUCUGUAAAUUAAGCUGAUUAACAUUAAGUAGAGAUGAUAUGACAAACUGUUAUCAGUUGCAAGUUGCAAGCUGCCUGUAUAUGUUUUCAGCUGCACUUUAUCCUUGAAGGUUCACCGAAAAAAUUUAAAUUAUCUCAUUAUCUACUCACCAUUUUGCCGAUGGAGGGGUUGGGUGAAGUGUUUGAGUCCACAAAAACUUUUGGAGUUUCAGGGCUAAACAGCGUUGCAGCCAAUUCCAACACAAUUGACGAAAAUGGUGACCAAUUCUUCAAACAUAAAAAUACAAUAGAAAAUGCCUCCACACUGCUCCUGUGGUGUCAUCAAAGUGUCCGUAACCCACAGCAUUUAAAUUUGACUUGAAACAAGGUCCUUUUACAUCAUGUUUUUAGCCUAAAUGUCCGCUAUAAUCCUUGCUUGAAUGCGGCUCAAUUGGAAGGUAUCAGAGGACAUUUAGGCUAAAAACAUGAUGUAAAAGGACCUUGUUUCAAGUCAAAUUUAAAUGUUGGGACAAAGGAACGGUAUGGAGGCAUUUUAUGUUGUUUUUUUCAUGUUUCAAGAAUCAAAACCAGCAUUUACUUUAAUUUUACUGGAAUUGGCUGCAACACUUUUUACUCUUGAAACUCCAAAAGUGUCAUGUGGAAUCAAACACUUCAUCCACCCCUUCAUCAGCAUAGAGUGGUGAGUAGGUUUUUGGGUGAACUGUCCCUUUAAAAUUCAGCAACAGUGAGUGUAUCUUCAUUUGACCUUUUAUCUUAUUUAUUCAUUUUGCCUCCUGAAGCUAAAGGAUUAAAAAUAUACUAUUAGUUUAAAAUCCACUAGUUUUGGUUUUGCGAUGUCAGAUCUAAUAAAUACUAAAUUGAAGGUGGGUGGCUUGUUGAAAGUUGAGCACCAAUGUUGAAUUUAUGUUGUGAUUUCUCACAUGGUGCAUCUGUUUUGUUUUUUUGUGCGUUUUUUAAGGUUUAUUGAUGUGUUUUAUGAAAUAAAGAAAUGAUGAAGUCUCAAA